GCCACCGGUUUGUCAUACGAGGCCAGCCUACAAAGGCAGAAUAAAAAAAAAUCACUGUUUAAUGUAAACAUAACCUCAAGACUUACUAUCCAUAUUCAUGUGGACCAUGUGGAUACACGAUAUAGUUUUCCAUAAAGUUAUCAUGAUAAAUAUGUAAAUUCAGUUAUUUAUACAAAAUAGAAAAUAAUAAAAGCAAUGGGUGAUUUUGCAAAGUCACAAUUAGAAAAAUUUGGUUGGAGCGAAGGUAAAGGUCUAGGAAAAAACGAAGACGGAAUCGUAGAAGCACUCAGACCUAAGCUAAAGUUCGACACUACUGGUAUCGGGCACCGAGACACAUCAGGAAAUCAGUGGUGGAACACAGUCUUCAAUAAAGCUGCCAGCAACAUCUCCGUUGACUCAUCAGCUUCCAGUAAACCAGUUUUCAAAGUAAACAGCAGCAUCGCCCUCGACAUCGCUGCUGCCAAAUUAAAUAUAAACAUCGGCGAGGUCAAGAGCAAAGACAGCAGUUUGGUGUACGGUAACUUUGUAAAAACCUGCACACUCCAAGGGGAUAAGGAAACCAAAAGCGCCGCCCAGGAAAAGCGAACCGUCGACGACGACAAAUUGUUGUUUAAAAAUUUCAUUGUUGAUGAUGAGAAACUUUUCAAGGCUUGCAAAGGCAGAACUGCCCACAAGGGAGCCAGACAUGGGCUGAAGCUCAGUGGUAAAUUGGCGAGGAUCCAGCAGCAGGAGCAGGAACUCGUCGAGCAGAUGAAUUUGCUGGGUGACCUGAGCGAUGAGUGGACUAAAGUCAAGUCCAAGAAACACAAGUGCCAUAAAGAGAAAGCAGACUGUGAUACGUCAGUGGGUCUGGAUGAUAAGUCCAGAGUUGAACCAGUCGUUGAAAACACCGUGACUGAUCUUCUAGCUCAGAUCGAUGCGCAACAGGACCAGGACCUGGAACUGGAUUCGGAUCGCAAAGGCUCGAAGAAAACCCGGAGGAAGAUGAAGCGCAAGUUUGAUGAGCUGACGGAACAAUUGUCGAGUUCGCUCAGUUUAGCUGAUGACUCACCAACGCAGUCUAGAAAAGUCAAGAAGAAAAAUGAUUCCGAUUCUCCUAGAGAAAUCGCUGACACGAAUGCUGAUGACUGUAAAGUUAAGAGUAAAAAGAGAAAAGUUAAAAAACACAGGAAGGUAACGACGGACAGCAAUAUUUUGAAUUGUAAAAUAAAUAAGAAGAAGAAAAAAAAACAUGAAAAAAAAGAGAAAGCUAAGCUGCAAUUUAUUUCGGAUAAUUUUACGAACCUAGGUCUUGAGAAAAUGGCCGAUGACGUUUCUGAAAGUCUUGUAAAGUCGGCUAAGAAAAAGAAGAAGAAAAAGUCGAAAAAAUAGUGAACAGGUAAAUUUAAUAAUUAAAUAAAUUAAAAAUGUUUUUUGUCAAUAUAAAUAAAGGAUAUUUUUUAUUUAACAACAAAUAUUAUUAUUGUACAAGAGACACCUCAAUAUAUUUAUACAGUUUGUAUUUAUUUUUAAUGAUAAUUAAAAUAUAAAAUAAAGUUAACAAACGA